UUUGGAGUGGUGGAGGGGACCAAUUAUAUUUUUGUUUUCUUUCCCUUCAGUGGCAUUUGUUCUUGGGGAGGGCCUCGACACAUCACACCUAUAUACCCCACAGGUCACAACGAAGCUUUCAGAACAGUCGCCUUACAGUUAGGGGAAUCUUCUCCACCUUCUGCUUCACUUCUUUUCAAUGGUGAUGAUCUUUCUGUUGAACUGAUCUCCUCAGGUGGUGAAGUGCUCUGUGUUCCAAUAUCUCUAGUACUUCCACUUCCACAGCUCUCU